AUGAGCCAUAUAAGAAAUAAUUUUCUGCUAGUAUCUUACGUGGAAGCCACGAAUCCAAAUGAUCCUUACAUUUUCAAUGAAAAAGCGAUGUUGAUUAAUUCAGAACAACUUGAUAGCGGAGGUUUUGGAAGCAUUAUAAAAGCAAUUUGGUAUAAAACAAAUAAUUACGUUGUUUAUAAAAAAUUAACCGACACAUUAGCAUUUAAAUGUGGUAAAUUAAAUGCAUUUAUUUAUGAGUUAAAAAUACAUUUACAUCUCAAUUACAGUGAUCGAAUUGUACGUUUCCUAGGUAUUAGUCAAG